CUUUGUUUUUUUUCCUCAGUUUCCUAUUUCCCACCUGAAACAAAUUCGUGAUUCCUUCCAAUUCCUCCUUUCCUUGUUUAUUACGUUUUCACUUUCAGUUAUUUACCUCUCCAACGAGAAAAACGACGCCGAUUAAAAGCAUCGUUUGCCGCCAUGGUCGGAACUUCUUCGAGGGAGGCGCAGCUCUCCAUAGCGGCGUCCUCCAUGUUCCCGGGCUUCAGGUUCUCCCCCACCGACGAGGAGCUGAUAUCGUUUUACCUCAAGAAAAAGAUGGAGGGUUCGGAGAAGAGCAUUGAGGUCAUCACCGAGGUUGAGAUUUGGAAGUAUGAGCCCUGGGACUUACCAGCCAAGUCUGUGAUUCCGUCAAACAGCGAGUGGUUCUUCUUUUCUCCUCGUGGGAGGAAGUAUCCAAAUGGCUCGCAGAGUAGGAGGGCGACUGAGUUAGGUUAUUGGAAGGCCACGGGUAAAGAACGUAAUGUUAAGUCAGGUUCGACAUUUAUUGGUACCAAAAGGACACUUGUAUUCCACAUAGGCCGUGCACCAAGAGGAGAAAGGACGGAAUGGAUUAUGCAUGAAUACUGCAUGCUUGACAAAUCCCAGGACUUCAUGGUUGUUUGCCGCCUUCGAAAGAACAGCGAUUUUCGUCUAAAUGAUUCUACCAAUCAAGCUUCUUCAACUCAAGCACCAAUAGCAACAGUGCCCAAUAGUAACUGUGCUGUCUCUGAUGCUGGUGCUGAUCAAGCUGACAAGGCAGUUGAAUGCUGUUCGAAGAAGAGUAGUAGUUAUGAUUCUUAUUCUAUUGAGCAAACUGAUUCUGCAACUGAAUCCAAUCAAAAACUCACAUCGGAGGACACACAACCAGAAUGUUCUGGGCAUCAGAAGGAUCAUGUUGAUGACGAUGACUUUUAUGCGGAAAUACUGAAAGACGACAUAAUCAAGCUGGACGAAACACCCACACCUUCUGGUUUUCACAUGCGACAUCGUGAUGUUGCCCCACCCGAAAAUGUGCAGAGAUCUCAAGAGCCGGUGGAGUCUGAUGCUUCCCAGGGUACUGCAAACCGUAGAAUCAGAUUGAAGGUAGUACCGCGAACCAGUAAAAAGUAUUUUAUUGGUGAAUUUCCAGAGGAGUCGCCAAAAUAUAUCAAAAGUGUUUCACUGUUUAGGAUAGCGGUGAGUCGUCAACUUGUACUUCUAUUGCUUCUUCUCACUUUUAUGGCUUUCUUGGGAGGUUUCUGGCGUGUGAGAAGGGUCAUAUACAACUCUUUGUAUAAGGGUUUCUUGCGUUGAUUGUCAAUAUCAGCCUAGUUCACACGA